AUGUCUCCCCCGGCUGCCGUCUCUCCCACUCAGAAGGUCGCUGAGCUCGUGACUCCGACCUCUAGCUCUAAGCUCGCCGUCAAAGCUGGUUCCAACAACGCCCAGACAAUUGAAGAAAUGAUGGGCCAGUGGGACAACUUCAAGUUUGCUCCCAUUCGUGAGAGUCAGGUCUCUCGUGCCAUGACCCGCCGUUACUUCAAGGACCUCGACACCUAUGCCGAAUCUGACAUUGUCAUUAUUGGUGCUGGAUCCUGCGGUCUCAGCGCUGCCUAUGUCCUCGGCAAGCAGCGCCCCGACCUGAAGAUUUGCAUCAUCGAGGCCUCCGUCUCUCCUGGUGGUGGUGCCUGGCUGGGCGGACAGCUCUUCUCCGCCAUGGUUAUGAGGAAGCCGGCUGAUGCUUUCCUCCGCGAGAUUGGCGUCCCUUAUGAAGAUGAGGGCAACUACGUGGUUGUUAAGCACGCCGCCCUGUUCACCUCCACCAUCAUGUCCAAGGUCUUGUCUCUGCCCAACAUCAAGAUGUUCAACGCCACCUGCGUUGAGGAUCUUAUCACUCGUCCCUCGGAAGAGGGCGUCAGAAUCGCCGGUGUCGUUACCAACUGGACCUUGGUUUCCAUGCACCAUGACGACCAGUCCUGCAUGGACCCCAACACCAUCAACGCCCCUCUCAUCAUCUCCACCACCGGCCACGACGGUCCCAUGGGUGCCUUCUGUGUCAAGCGUCUUGUUAGCAUGCAGCGUAUCGAGAAGCUCGGUGGCAUGCGGGGUCUUGAUAUGAACUCCGCCGAAGAUGCCAUCGUCAAGAACACCCGUGAAAUCGUCCCUGGUCUCAUUGUUGGUGGCAUGGAGCUUUCCGAAGUCGAUGGUGCCAACCGCAUGGGCCCAACAUUCGGUGCCAUGGCUCUCAGUGGUCUCAAGGCCGCCGAGGAGGCACUCAAGGUCUUCGACCUUCGUGCCAAGCAGAAUGCCAUCUAA